AUGGAUUUCAACCAACAAGAGUUGGAAUUAAACGAACCAGUCCAGUCCAGAGACCGAUCUAGUAGAUGUCACUCUAGAUUAGCUGACGCUUUAGUAUUUGCCGCAUCUAACCCCGAACGACCUGAAUCGUCACCUGAACGACUGACAGGGUCGUCAUAUGAAGCAGUGGUCUCUUCCGAGCAACCACCACUGAAAGCAGCAUCAGUUGAUAUGUCAUCAAGAAGUGAUACUGUACACGCAGCUUCUGCCGAAUCAUUAAUUGAAAUAGCGGAUUCAGAUCAUCCACCCAGAAGAACAGCAUCUGAUAUUGAAACUGUGGCUAUGCCUGAUUAUAAGACAAGUGUUUCUCGAACUUACUCGGAAACUGACAAGGCCCAUUUACCAGCAAACAGAUUGGACAUUAUAUCAGGAAUAGGAAGUGCUCUUGCUAGUCCAGAGCCUUCCUUAUUUACUAUGGCCUACCGAAUCAAAGAUUCCCCAUCUCCUUUUAAGGCCAGUCCACUGCCACCCAUUAAAGGUUCCCAACUCGAACAGGAACUGAAAUUACAGCAACAACAAUUGGACAACAUAAAAAAUAUAAAGAAAUUUGACUAUUUUGAAAUUGGGCUGGAAACAAGUGAUGCUGAAUUAGAUAAGAAGAAACAUAAGAAAUUUGACUAUUUUGAAAUUGGGCUGGAAAGUGAACCGGAAAUGGAAAGUAACCAACAAGUACAUGAACUAAAAAUACAAGAGCAUCAAAUCGACAAUAACAAAAAUAAAAAGGCAUUUGAAUAUUUUGAAAUCGACAUGGGAACAAGUCAUGUUGAACCUAAAACAUCAGAUAAGAAGAAAAAUAAGAAAUUUGUUCGUUUUGAAAUUGAUAUGGAAACAAGUCAUGUUGAACAUAAAUCAUGGGAGAAAGAAAAUAAUUUGUACGAAGACUUACAGAUACAAGAUAGGGAUAGAGUAGAAGAUCAGUUAAAUAACUUAGAUGUAAAUGAGAAGAAUGAUUUAAAAUCUAGACCAGUAGUUGCAGAAGACGAAAUCUUGAACUACGAAUCUGUCCAGAUGGAAAAAAACCAAUUAGCUGAAACAGAUUAUAAAAAUACAGAAGAUGUUGAACUUAAAUCAUGGGAGAAAGAAAAUAAUCUGUACGAAGACUUACCGAGACAAGAUAGGGAUAGAGUAGAAGAUCAGUUAAAUAACUUAGCUGUAAAUGAGAAGAAUGAUUUAAAAUCUAGACCAGUAGUUGCAGAAGACGAAAUCUUGAACUACGAAUCUGUCCAGAUGGAAAAAAACCAAUUAGCUGAAACAGAUUAUAAAAAUACAGAAGAUGUUGAACUUAAAUCAUGGGAGAAAGAAAAUAAUCUGUACGAAGACUUACCGAGACAAGAUAGGGAUAGAGUAGAAGAUCAGUUAAAUAACUUAGCUGUAAAUGAGAAGAAUGAUUUAAAAUCUAGACCAGUAGUUGCAGAAGACGAAAUCUUGAACUACGAAUCUUUCCAGAUGGAAAAAAACCAAUUAGCUGAAACAGAUUAUAAAAAUACAGAAGAUGUUGAACUUAAAUCAUGGGAGAAAGAAAAUAAUCUGUACGAAGACGUACAGAUAUACGAUAGGGAUAUAGUAGAAGAUCAGUUAAAAAACUUAGAUGUAAAUGAGGAGAAUGAUUUAAAACCUAGACCAGCAGUUGCAGAAGAGAAAACCUUGAAUCCCGAAUCUGUCCAGAUAGAAACAAACCAAUUAGCUGAAACAGAUUAUAAAGAAGAUGUGACUCAAACACUCACAAAAGUUAUAGAAAAACUGGAUGAUUUACUUAGCAUGAGUAAGUCAGAUAUCCAAGUACACCCUCCUAGAUAUCCGAAGCCACCUAAUGUUUCCAAAGGUCAAAUUAUAGUCCGAGGAACUAAGGCUUCACGAUUAAGACAGGACAAAUUACGGGUGCAAAAUGAGGAAUCAGAUGUAACACUAGAUGUUUUACCAGCAGUUGCAACACCGGAUAAAACCCUAGAACGACGAACACUGGUAAAAUCGAAUCCACCAAGGUCUCGUACUUCUCCUCCACCAACUACAAAAAAGAAGCCUGUCCCACCACCAGUGUUAGCCGUUCGGGAGACAAAAGCUACAAAGCUAAGACGUCUAAAAAAGAUGGAAGAAGAAAGAGAAGCUAAAGGGCAAAACCAUGAAGAGAAAUUGAAAGACAUGGCAUUUGAUCAAUCACUUGUAGAGUUAUUACAUAGAAAGAGAACUCCAACGCCAACAUUUAAACCAGCUCCUCCAAAGCCUUAUAAAAAGCCAGGACCUGUUUCUAUCAAAGAGACCAGGGCAUCGAAAAUGCGAAAGAUUCAAGAAAAUUUAAAGAAAACCGGAAAAACAGUAGCUGCUAACGAAAUCAAGUCGCAAGAUAGGUCACAAAAGCAACCUCCUCCAACUAAUGUCAAAGAAACUCUAGCUUCAAAGUCUCGUCAAGCUCGAUCCCCGGCACCAACUUUUAAACCAGCUCCUCCAAAACCUUAUAAAAAGCCAGGACCUGUUUCUAUCAAAGAGACCAGGGCAUCGAAAAUGCGAAAGAUUCAAGAAAAUUUAAAGAAAACCGGAAAAACAGUAGCUGCUAACAAAAUCAAGUCGCAAGAUAGGUCACAAAAGCAACCUCCUCCAACUAAUGUCAAAGAAACUCUAGCUUCAAAGUCUCGUCAAGCUCGAUCCCCGGCACCAACUUUUAAACCGGCUCCUCCAAAACCUUAUAAGAAGCCAGGACCAGUGGUUGUCAAAGAGACCAGAGCAUCUAAAUUACGUAAGAUGCCUGAAAACAUUAAGAGAGCAGACAAUAAAGUACCAAUCAAAAGCAAUAAAACAUCAGAGGUAUCGAAAAAACGACCCUUAAAAAAGCAACCUCAAGGAAAACCGCUCAAGAAUGAAUUGGUGAGUUCUUUGACACCACUGACGCCUCAUCGAUUGCCUCCAAUUCCCCAGAAUGGAACCAAAAGUAUCACAGGGGAUGAGAGAGAUGCUACUCCCGUUAUUCUCAAAGAACUUCGAGAGUCCAGGAGGUAUUAUGAAGAGAACAUUGAAAACGAGGAUUUAGUGACUACACCAAUAGUAAAAUGGUCUGGCAGUAGAACUCUCCUGUGGUUAAUCGACUGUCCAAGUGAUAAUGUUUCAGAAAGCUCUCAUCAAAGCACAGAUUCCAGUCCUGGCGAAUUUGACGAUGAUGUUUCAGAAAGCUCUUAUCAAAGCACAGAUUCAAGUCCUGGCGAAUCACACGAGGAUAUUUCAGAAAGCUCUUAUCAAAGCACAGACUCGAGUCCUGGCGAAUCGGACGAUGAUAUUUCAGAAAGCUCUUAUCAAAGCACAGACUCGAGUCCUGGCGAAUCCACUGAUGAUGUUUCAGAAAGCUCUGAUAAAAGCACAGAUACAAGUUCUUCUCAAACAGAUGUGUGGGACGGGGAAUUUGACCCGGUAGCUAUUAAAUACUACCGAUCUUUGACCCCUGUACAUAUAGAAUGGAAGCCUCCACCUAAAAAAAGAAUUUUAAGUCCGAUCUCUAGAGUUGGAUGUGGAAAAGUCAGUAACGCUGUCAGUCCAUCCUGGAGAAUAGAAAGUCCACUCAUGACUUCCACACCUUUUCCGCGAAAAGACAAUGAAAAAGAUGAGAAGUUUCUUGAUAGAUCGGCGAGAGAUAAACUGUGUAGGAUGGAAGUAUCACGAGGGUUUAAAGUAAGAAAAGAGAUCAGAAUGGCUAUGGACGAGCAAGGAAUGCAAUGGGAGUCAGAAUUUAAGUCAGAUAUCAAAAUUACAGAAGAGACCUAUCGAGUUCAAAGAUCUGUGGAUUCCAACAAACAAAUGGUACAAAAUGAAUUAGAUGGUUUGAGAGAACGAUUAAGACAGGCUGAAGAGAAAGACAAAUUGAAAUCAAAAGACAAAUCAUUCUGUAGUAGUAAAUUCAAAACUUAUUUCAAGAGUAAGAAAGCUGGCUCAGAUGAGAAGAAAGAAAGAAAAGAGACAAUGGAUGAAUAUUUUAGAAAAACUGAAGAAAAGUUUUCUAGGUAUGUAUCGUCAUUUUUAGGUAAAAAAAAUAAGAUAUGUUCUAGCCUGUGA